AUGGAGAUCACGAGGGCUUUGUUGUCGGUCUUAGGGUUGUUAUGUAUUGACUAUGCUGCAGUGGCCACCGCUGCCACGGUGAGUGUGGUGUGUGACGAGGCGACGCUCACGCUGACCGUAAGCAGGGACCUGUUCGGCACGGGUCACCUGGCCCAGGCGGGUGACCUGUCCCUGGGAGUACCAGCCUGCCCCGUCACUGGGAGCGACGCCCUUGCUGGGACGGUGACCUUCCUCUACGCACUGGAAAGCUGUGGCAGCAGCCUCCAGAUGAGUGCAGAGCUGCUGUCUUACGAGAACUACCUCUACUACCGCCCCACGUCCAACACGGGCAUUAUCCGCACAAACUACGUCGCCGUGCCGGUCGUUUGCCGCUAUCCCAGGCGAGGUAACGUGUCCAGCAAUGCUAUCAAACCCACAUGGAUCCCCUUCAGCAGCGCCAAGGUUAUGCAACAGCAGCUGAGCUUCACGCUGAGGCUCAUGACCGACGACUGGAGUGUGGCGCGACCUUCCACCGUAUACCAGCUGGGCCAGACUUUGCAUGUCGAGGCGAGCGUGCAGACACUGAACCACGUUCCACUCCGGAUCUUCGUGGUCAGCUGCUUUGCAACCCCGGUUCCGGACAGGAACUCUCCCCUCAGCUACCAGAUAAUUUCUAACUCUGGGUGUCUGGUGGAUGGCAAAGUCUCGUAUGAUGCUCACCUUACUUCUGGCUUCCUGCUCCGGCAAAGUGACAACGUCCUUCGCUUCUUCAUAGAUUCCUUCCGCUUCCUUGCGACGUUGACCAACAAUGGCGAUCAGGUUUUCGUCUUCUGCCAGUUGAAGGUUGCAGAUGUUGCUACAUCUCCUACGGCUGCCAAUAAAGCUUGCACCUACAGCCCCUCGGCUGCAUACAGGUGGGUCUCUGCUGAUGGCUCGGACUCGGUGUGCAGCUGCUGCGAGUCCACGUGCCCCAGUGGAAGAAGGCGCAGGGACGUGGCAGCAGUGACUGGACCGUCGUAUGCGGUGGAAGAUGUGAUGCUGGGCCCCAUCGUGAUUGCCAAGCCCUUCUCAGAUGGUGCCCAGCCAAGCAGCCCUGCAAAACAGCAGCAGCCACGGGUUUCUACAUCUGCAUCCAAAGGUGCUGCUCCCGUCCUCGGUCUGGGAGUGGCUGCGCUGGUGAUGGCUGUCGCAGCAAGCGCCACGGUGGCUUUGUUUGUUUCGAAGAGGCGUCACACGACUCCUUCAAAGGGAUUGGAAACGAGCUUCUGAUCUUCAGUUGCUUUGCUUAAGUUGUGAUAAAUAAAACUGGUGC